AUGGCUCAUGUCACGCUCAGUGAUGGCUUAGCCAUCUGGCAACUUAUCUACUACGUCGUUACACUUAUCUGCAGCAUAUUUGUAUCUUGUCGCCAUGGACUAUCACGGAGUUCAGGCUGGAUCUUUCUCACUAUUUUCAGCACCAUGCGUGUCAUCGGUUGUUCUGCACAAAUUGCAACCAUCACCGCCACGUCAAACACUGCCGAGACCAUUGCUACCAUCACCGGCUUCUUGGGUCUUUCACCUCUCUUGCUGGCCACCUUGGGUAUUCUAUCUCGAAUAUACUUUGAUCUCCUUAAGCGGCCGUUCAACAUUGUCUUCAGUCUAUUCCUCACCAAAAUCGUUCAAGUCCCGGCAGUUAUAGCUCUCAUUCUUUGCAUUGUUGGCGCAACAUCGGCAGAUACCCCAGCAGGAAUUACGAGCCAAGAUACAGUCAAGGCUGGAGUAAUUAUAUACUUAGUUGUCUUUAUCGUCCUUGCUCUUCUAGCCGGGGGCGCUCACAUCGCCCGCUGCAUGACAGAACGGCGUGGUGAGAGUACGAUGCUUCUUGUCGUAGUGUUAUCACUACCAUUUCUACUAACCCGCAUAAUCAACUCACUUCUUCUCAUCUUUUCUAAGCGAUUCCAAGAUGCAGCAGCAGAGGCAUCGACGUCGGCUGUCCUCACAGAGCUAUUCAUGGCAAGAAUCGAGGAGAUGAUCGUCGUUCUCUUAUAUUUGUACGCCGGCCUCACUCAAAAAGCCGUUCCGGAACGAGAAAAUAGCAAGCGAAGUAAUAAAGAGAAGCUUGCCUAUCGGGCUGCCAGGGGAGAUUUUGGUGGUGGCAAGUUGGGAGUAGCAUCUCUGCUGCUUGCAGCUGCCAGUGCACGGCUUAGCAGGGAGAGUCACGAGCAGGGUCAAAGCCAACAAGACUCUGAGGCGGGAUUGCGUUAG